UUUCAAAUUUCAAACAAGCGACCGUUACAAAUCGAAUCCAAACAACAAAAAGCCUAGAGACAGAAAGACAGAUAUCAAGAAUUCUGAGAGAGGGGAGGCGGCCAAAAAUGGAGGGGGGCGAGAAAAAAGCUAGCUUCAGCUCUUCAUGGGCCGAUGCAGUGGAGAGAGAAGAGCAAGAAGAAGCUCAAAAACAGAGGAAACCCAAUCCAUUUGGGGCUGCAAGGCCAAGAGAAGUCGUGCUCGAGGAGAAAGGGGUUGAUUGGAGGAAGCUCGAUCAGGGUCUAGAGAAGAAUAAUUCGGUCCUCAGGGAGGACGGUAAGAAACCAAAGGAAAACAUUUUCUCUGCACCAACCGUACUCAGGCGUGUUCAUGAGCAAAACAAGCCGCGUCCGCAGAACCCAAGCCCCCUUGUUCCUCCCAUAAUGUACGCGCCAAGGAACAUUAUGACGCUCAUGGAGCAAAUCCGUAAGGAUCGUAGGGACGUCGCGAGUUCGAGCGAUGUGAAAUCCCAAUCCUACGUCAAGAAGAAGAAAAAGCCCGCGGUUCCAGCGGAGGAGAACUCAAGCUCUCGGUGUCGAAGGAGGCAAGUCCUCGUCGAUGUGAACGCCGAGAGAGCUAACCUUGAGAACUACAGAGCUGAUAUGCGAAAGAGCUUUACUUGUGGGGAUCGAAAGCCAGAGAAAACUACUUCCAUCAGAAACUGCGAUGGUAAUCGUAAUUCAUCGAGCGGUAGAGGCCUGGAAUCAGAAGCUGGGUAUGGAGUUAGAGAGAGGGUUAAUUCUGGUGAUUUGAGCAAUCGAUGUGUAGACACAAGAGGUAAAAUUAGAAUGAAGAGAAGGGCGUCGAUGGCGGAGACUGGUACUCGACACGAACGGAGACAGACGAAGCAAUCAAGGAAGUGAUGAUACCAAGUUGAUACGCAUGUCAACUGUCAUUUAUGCAAGCAUUAGGCUUAUAUAUGUUACAGUAGAAAUUUCAUGCAGGAGGCUUUAGUUCACAGUAUGUAUGAUUUGAAAAAAGGAGUACUAUGCGUUUUAUUCUUCGUCUCUUUGAAUCACCAUGUUUACUGUCCUAGAACGCUGUAUGUUACAAUUUAGAAAAUUUUAUUUUACCAUUUUGCAAACA